GUUACGUUUCUGUCGCUCUAGUCGCUCAAACUCGCUCACUUCAAUUCAAUCCCUCGUCUCUAGUACUACGCGCCAUUCGGAAUUUUCGUUUUCUCUAAGUCGCGUACUUGUGGUCUAUACGACAUUCGUGACGGUGAACCAAUUUACUAGCGUUUACCCGCGGCGAUUCACUACUCGUAACUACUUUGUUUUCGACAGCCGUCAGAAUGUCAGCAGAAAAUGACAAUGCAGAUUCUUCAUCCUCUGGUUCUGAAAUGGAACAGGACACUCCACAUAAACAUAAAUCUGGUUUUAAAGGAGAAGGUGAUGAUAUAAUGCCGAUUCUUCCACCAAUAGUCAAAAAACGUGUUAAAGCUUUGAAAAAGUUACUGGUAUCACAAACUGAUGUUGAUACAAAAUUCUACACUGAGCUUCAUAUUCUUGAAUGUAAAUACCACAAAGAGUAUUUGCCAUAUUAUAAUAAGCGAAGUGAUAUAGUUCAAGGAAACUAUGAGCCUACUGAAGAAGAAUGUGAUUUUCCAUCAGAUGAAGAAGAUGAUGUCAAGGAUCUCUCUACAGAUAUGGAAGGAAAAAUCAAACUUGAGGAGUCUAAAGCUAAUGAAGCUGUAGUAGACAGUACUAACGACAAGAUAAAAGGCAUUCCAGACUUUUGGCUAACUAUUUUAAAGAACACAAGUCUCAUCAGUGACAUGAUUCAACCCCAUGAUGAACCUAUACUUAGUCAUUUGACAGAUAUCAAAGUUUAUCUGUUAGAAGAACCCAUGGGUUUUGCUUUGGAAUUCCAUUUUUCUCCUAAUGAAUGGUUUACUAAUACUGUUCUAACCAAGGAGUAUGAAAUGAAAUGUGUACCUGAUAAAAGCAAUCCAUUAAGUUUUGAGGGUCCUGAAAUUUUCAAGUGUAAAGGCUGCACUAUUCAAUGGAAUAAAGGAAAGAAUGUGACAGUGAAAGUAGUUAAAAAGAAACAAAAGCAUAAAGUUAAGGGUGCCGUUCGGUUUGUUAACAAGACUGUACAAAAUGUAUCAUUUUUCCACUUCUUCAGUCCUCCUACUGUACCAGAUGAUCCAGAGACUGAAGUUGAUGAAGAAAUUGAUAAUUUGUUGACAACAGACUUUGAAAUAGGUCAUUAUAUCCGUGAAAGAAUAAUUCCUAGAGCUGUUCUGUACUACACAGAUUUCUUUUUUUUUAAUUGUAUGAUAGGCGAAGCAUUAUUGGAAGAAAAUGAUUAUGAUGAAGAUGAUGAAGAAGAAGAGUCUGAAAAUGACGACGACGACGAUGAUGAUGAUGAAGAUGAAGGAACUGUUAACGAUCCUGAAUACAAUCCACGUCAGGAUAAACUGUUGAAUAAACAGGUCAACCCAGCUGAAUGUAAACAGCAGUAAAUUGUAAUAGCAUUAAAACCUCAUGUGUACUCACUACUCGUUUUACAAAUAAAUAAAAAUUAAAUAAAUACUUCACUCAUAAUAAGUAAGUCUACACAUUUUUAAGAUUAAGCCUUCAUUCAUUGUUAUGUGAUCAGUUAAAUAUGGAAUAUUAAGUGUAUUUUAUACAUUGCUUUAACUUUAUACACUAAUAAAAUUAUUUUUAUAUUAUCAUAUACAUAUAUUUUUUUACUAAAGGUUUGUACAAGUAGAAUACAGAUUAUGAGUAUUCAGUUA